AUGUCUUCCGAUGAUCCAGAAGGGUAUCUCAGGCGCCAUCUUGAGGAAAUGGAUCAAAGCAUUCAUCGCAACUCGUAUAAACCAGGCUCUUGGGCAGGCGAUCGGAUUAUCCUUCUGGGCGACUACGCUUCCGACUUUCCUCCAUCUCUGACGCAGCGCGACGUCGAACGCAUCUCAAAGUUCUGCCAGGACAAUAAGGUCAAGUUCGAGCCUGCCCGGCCGGUCUCUCCGGAAAGUCGAGCAAGACUCACCCCAGUGGAGCUAGCGACUGAAGAAGCAGAGUACGCGGUGCGCAACGUGUACCGGCAACUCACAGAAGUAGCAUCCGGGCAUGGAUGGCACAACGGACGACCACUCAAUGGUCGGCUGUGGAUCGGAGACCAGGGGGCGUUCCCGACGAAGGUUGUUUGGGUCCUGCGUAACCUCAGCAAGCGUGUCUAUGUUCGGUCGGACGGUUUCCCGGAUAUGAAGGAAGACGAGAACACAGGGAGCAUGGAGUAUUAUUAUUACCCCGACCCCAUGAAGACUCCUGGUCUCUCUCAGGUGCUGUACAUGCGCUGCGCGUGGUCGACAGACGAUUCCAUGGCCACACCAUAUGAAGGAGAACCGCCGCUGCAUCGCGGACUGUGGGCAAGCGAUAGAUUCGAUGUUGUUCUAUACGAGGACGCCGCUGAAACGCUUCACGAAGAAGGAUGGGAAGACGUGACGAGAGAGUUAGCGAAGGAGAUGUAUGGCUUUUUCAAAGCCGAGUAUGAGGGCUGCUACGGCAAGGGGAUUUAUCCAGCAUGGAGAGAGGAACCAGAUGUGGAUGAGGAGGAGUAG